AAUGGCUCCCUCAACGCAAUGCAGGAAAAUAGAUAGUCCACACACUGGUAAGAAUGGAUUUUGGCUCUCAAUUCGUAUAUAUGUACUGUAGUGUAGUAAAUAGAGUAGAGUGGAUUUAUCUUCAUGGUAUAAUUAUGGUUUCAUUAUGGAAGUAAGAUAAUAUCAGUCCCUCCCACCAUCUCUUACCGUCACAGCACGUGCUUGGCUAAAUGACACUAUAAUUUAAACAAAGAAAAUCCAAGUGCAGGCUGCAUUGGUUGGUGCUUAAAAUUAAACACAAGGCAAGCUCAAAUACGAACAAAAAACAUGGGACUAAACGACUAUUGAGGCGCAUGGCGCGACAUGAUUGGGAUCUAAUAAGCGAAUGCUAUUUUCACUAGAAAAAUGCUGAUGAAUAUGUAGAGAUAGUAGUAGUAGCAAAGGUAACCACUGAUGCUGCACCAUCAAAAGCUAGGUCUGCAAUGCAGAGUGUUUUGGGAUGUUCGUCUACUGGUUUGAAUCGCUAUUUGCUGGUGUGUUUGCACUCGAUUGCUGCAUUUGAAGCAUUUUGAGUUGAGUUUGCUGGAACAUCUGGGGGUCUGAUUGAGAGCUGCUGAAACUAUUCUCCACUUAGUCCAGCCAUUGCAAGAGUGAGAGCUAAUGAGCCAGUUUCGAUGUGAAAAUGUAGAGAGACGAUAGCAAAAGGAAUGUGGGAGAAGUAACAACAUGUGAAACUGGCUUCCUCUUGAAUUACUAGUGAAAGACAUUCAUGUAGUACAAUUCAAAGCAGCGCAGUGAAGGUGUCCUAUCUGUAUAUAAGUGCUAGUGCUAUAGAUGGUAAUGGUUUUGUAAUGCAAACCAGGCCUACACCAUGAUUGCUUAAUGGUGUAAGUUAUAUUUCAAAGCUAAGCUAUCUGAGUUUGGGCUAGCGAAGUUGGGUCCAACAAUCGGUCAUUCCCAUGUAAUAACACGGAUAUGCUGCCACUGGUAAAAAUGGGCGAACUCGCAGCAUAGAUUGUGAUGAGAUAGUAAUGAGUUGGCUAUUGCAAUUUACAGUGCAUGUUUCUGUGAAGAGUGAUGGAAUAUGGAUUCGGUGUGGAGUGGUAUUAGUGGAAAUGCAGAGAGGGAUGGACGACUGGUUGAGUGGAUGGAUGAAAUCGUAAGUUGAGGAAAUUAAAAGAAAUAAGUGAUGCCAGUCUAGAGGGACGAGAUCAGUACUACAAUUAGCUAAGGUUGGAUCCAUUCCCACCCUCUAUGGAGGAGAUAGUCCACACACUGGAACAAAUUUGAGACGCCUGCACAAACCCGUAAGAAUCGGUUCUUCUCAUGAGAGAGCCUAGAGUAUUAGAACUUGGUCAGUUGGUCGGUGAGAGUUUAAAGCAUCAACUAUGCCCAUUUGAGGCUUCAAUUUCACCCAAUCUGCCUCCUUUUACCAGAUUCCAGUUAGAAUUGGUGUGCAUUAUUGAACAGAUGAAUACUAAAAUUUUGAAUUGGUCGGAUAAAAAGUGGACAUAUAUCAAUUCGACGCGAUUCAAUUCGUUAUUCAAUCCGUUCAUCGCGAUUCAAAUCAAUCAUCGUGAUUCAAAUCAAUGGAUUCAAUUAUGAGGUCGGACGAAGAUUAUUUCGAUUCCGAUUCAUCAGCUUCGGGCGAGGAAGCUGAGACUUCUAAAGUGGUUUGCGUACCAAAAUGCCCAGAUGAAUUGAAACCAAAAAUUGGACAAAGUUUCAUGACCCUUGAUCGUGCAUUGGACUUCUACAAUAAUUAUGCUCGAUAUGUUGGAUUUGACACCCGUAAAAAGGGAUCGAAAAAGGAAAAAGAUGUCACUACUUGGAUUUACGUGGUGUGUAGCCGAGAAGGUACAAAGCAAAGAAACAGUAAACAAUCUGAGGUGAAACGAAAGCGUUCUUCUAUUAAGUGCUAUUGUAAUGCUAAAGUGUCUUGGAAGUAUAUUAUGGGUGUUGGUUAUGUUAUACAAAGUUUCGUUGAAGACCAUAAUCAUGAGAUGGUUGAGGAACGCCAUAAGCGUUUUAUGAAUUUGAACCGUAAUUUGGAUUUAGUCCAUCAGAAAUUCAUCCUCGAUUGUGCUAAUGCAAAUAUUGGUCCAACUUUAAGUUUUAGCUUACUUAAAGAAGUGCUUGGUGGAUUAGAUUAUGUAGGGUGUACUGUUUUAGAAGUGCGCAACUAUAGACGUGACCUUAGAGCUUAUGUAGAAGGAGCUGAUGCACAAAUGUUAUUGAAUGAGUUGCGAAGGAAGAAGGAGUUGUGUAGUGCAUUUACAUAUGAGUAUGAGGUCAACUCAAAGGAUAGGAUGACACGAUUGUUUUGGUGUGAUCCUACUGCCAGAAGAAACUACCAUUUGUAUGGAGAUAUUGUUUCGUUUGAUACGACAUACUCCACAAACAGAUACUGUAUGAUAUUUGCUCCUUUUACGGGCAAGGAUAAUCAUGGUCGCCCUGUGACAUUUGCUGCUGGCCUUUUGUCCAAGGAAAAUGCCAACUCCUUUUCAUGGUUAUUUAACCAAUUUGUAAAGUGUAUGGGUGUGGCUCCCAAACUCAUUGUAACCGACCAAGACUUAGGAAUGAAAGUUGCUGUUGAGGAGGUCCUUGUCAAUACAAGACACAGGUGGUGUAUGUGGCACGUUAUGAAUAAAGUUGCUGACAAAUUGCCAAAGAACAUGCUUGGUAGUGAACAAUUAAAGAAGGAACUGAAUGCAUGUGUAUGGUCAGAGUUGAUAGAACCUGAUGCAUUUGAGGAAACUUGGCAUGCUAUAAUGGAAAGAUAUGGGCUGACCAAUAAUGUCUGGUUUUCAUCAAUGUUUGCAUCCAGAAAAUUUUGGGUUCCAGCCUUUUUCCGUGAUUUUUCGAUGAGUUCGUUGAUAAAGACAACUUCUAUAUCUGAAUCACAGAAUAACUUCUUCAAAAGGUACUCAAAGUCUCGGGCUAACCUUAUGCAAUUUUAUAUGAACUAUAAUCAUGCUCUGGAGACUCAAAGAAGUAAUAGUGCAAAGCUUGAAUACUAUGAUUCAACAAAAGUACCUAUUUUGCGAACAGGAUUGGAAAUCGAGAAACAUGCAUCGACGAUAUAUAGUGGUAGUGCUUAUACUGAAAUUCAAGAAGAGAUAGUAUAUGCAUGUUUCUCUUUGUCUUGUGCAACUCUAGGAGUGUCUACCAAUACAGAUAUUGAAGUAUAUGACAUAAAGGACAAGGAUUCAAACUCAUGGACAGUGACUUACUCCAUUGGUGAUGACACCUAUUUGUGUGGAUGCAAAAAAUUUGAAAGACUUGGUCUAUUGUGCAGCCAUACAUUUUGUGUGUUGAAACAUAAUUUUGUUAAGUUGAUACCCGAGAAGUUGCAUGGAGGAAGAUGGUUGAAGUCACAGUUUGUGAAGCCAAUACAUGGAGGUUUUUGUGAUGAUCAAGAAAUACACCUUGCUGUGGACAAGAAGAAGAUUGCAUUUAAAAACUUGUACGGAUUAUUCAUUGAAACAGCACAAAGCAUUGAAGGGAACAUUGAUCAAAUCAAUGCAUUCGCUGCAAUUAUUGAAGAAGGUAGGAAGCAGCUUCUUGGCGAAGAUGUUGUUCUGUCUUCCACACAGAAGAGAGCAAUGAUUGAGAACUUCUAUGGCUCACAUGUCCCGAACAAUAUUGAAGUUCAUCCUCCUGAGGUUGUUAGUACAAAGGGAAGUGGAAGUAGGAAGAAAUCGAAGAGGGAGUCAGCAAUAAAGUUAGCAAUGAAACCAGGCCGAAAGUGUGGAAACUGUCAUGAGAUUGGACACCAUGAUUCUAGGAACUGCAAAAAGGUUAAUGAGAAGUCAAAUCAGAGGCAAUGA